UGGGAUACAGCCGUCAUUUUUCAGGUAUCGAGCUAAGAUGGCGGCGUGUAUGACAGCGAGCCGGCGCGGAGAGCUGCUUUUUUCUGAUCAAAAUGAUUUGGUGCCAAAUUGGCGAAGCCAAGAAGUCAGCACAGGGACGACCAUCAUGGCCGUAGAGUUCGAUGGUGGUGUGGUGAUCGGUGCUGACUCUCGUACCACCACUGGAGCCUACAUUGCGAACAGGGUGACUGAUAAACUCACCCCGAUUCACAAUCGUAUCUUCUGCUGCCGCUCCGGAUCUGCAGCAGACACUCAGGCCAUCGCCGAUGCAGUCAGCUACCAGCUGAGCUUUCACAGUAUCGAGCUGGACGAGCCCCCGCUGGUGCAGACGGCUGCUAAUCUGUUCAAGCACAUGUGCUACAGGUACAGAGAAGAGCUGAUGGCUGGGAUCAUUGUAGCAGGUUGGGACAAGCGGAGAGGAGGACAGGUGUACACUGUGCCGAUGGGGGGGAUGUUGGUAAGGCAACCCGUAUCUGUAGGUGGAUCUGGCAGCUCGUACAUCUACGGCUUCGUCGACUCCAACUACAGGAGUGGGAUGACCAAAGAGGAGUGUUUACGCUUCACUGCUGAGGCUUUGGCUCUUGCUAUGGAAAGGGAUGGAUCCUCUGGGGGCGUGGUCAGACUGGCAGCCAUUACAGAGACGGGGCUGGAGCGCAGCGUCAUUCUGGGGAAUCAGCUGCCCAAGUUUUCCACUGCCUAAAGUCUGGUUGUGGUUUAUCUUAGUUUAUAUAACUGUUACUAAGUCAUACCUCUUUAUUUUUCAGUAUUGUAACUUGGGAAUGUACAUCUGGAAUAUUUGUACAACAUCCUCACACUAAUACCCAGGCGUGAAUGCUGCAACACUUUUUUUUUUUUGAAAUAAAAGACAGGAUCUGGAGAA